AUGUCGAAGGAUCACACAUCACUCCCUAUGCAGAGUCUCUCAAUCGACGAGAAGGCCGGCCACGACCCUAUCACAGGCCACCGUACUCCUUCCGUGGGCACUCCCGGUCACAGCGGUAUGGGCGCACAGCCCACCAACGGUGGCAUCCUCCCUGGUGGCGCCUCUAAGCAAGACAAGAAGAAGCUUCACCCUGCUGUCAUCAUUAUCCUUUGGAUUGCCCUCUCCAGUAGCGUCAUUGUCUACAACAAGUUUGUUCUCGAUCCCAACCAGCUCAACUUCCCCUUCCCCGUCUUCCUCACAACAUUUCACAUGGCUUUUGCAACCCUCGGCACCCGUCUUUUGGCAAGAUACACUCACCUCCUUGAUGGUCUGGCUAACGUCGAAAUGACCAACGAUCGAUGGCUAAAGAACAUUCUUCCCAUCGGCGCCCUCUUCUCCUGCUCGCUCAUCUUCAGCAACAUGGCCUACCUCACCCUUGGUGUCAGCUUCAUCCAGAUGCUCAAGGCUUUCACUCCUGUUGCCGUUCUCCUCAUCUCGUUUGCUUUCGGUCUCAAGCAGCUUUCCGGCACCCUUACCAUGAUCGUCGGUUGCAUUUCCUUCGGUGUUGCUCUCGCCUCUUACGGUCAGGGCGACUUUGCCAUGUCUGGUUUCAUCUGUCAGGUUCUUGCCAUCGCUUUCGAGUCUUCGCGUCUCGUCAUGAUCCAAGUCCUUCUCCAGGGCCUUAAGAUGGAUCCGCUCGUCUCGCUCUACUAUUUUGCACCUGUUUGCGCUGCUAUCAACGCUCUUGUGCUCCCCUUCACCGAGGGUCUCGUUCCUUUCUUCCAGAUCUCCAACCUGGGACCCUUUGUACUUUUCACAAAUGCCGGUGUUGCUUUCGCUCUCAACAUCGCCGCCGUCUUCCUCAUCGGCGCCGCCAGCUCCUUGACCCUCACUCUCGCUGGUGUUAUCAAGGACAUUCUCCUCAUCCUUGGCUCCAUGCUGCUCCUCGGCGAUACAGUGAGCGGGCUACAAUUCUUCGGUUACGGUAUCGCUCUUGCUGGUCUGGUUGCUUUCAAGACACACAAGGGCUAA